AUGACUGGAGGACACAAGCUGAACACAAUGACAACAGACACAGACCUUCAGAAUAGAACAGGAAAUCCAGAACACGAGCCUUCAAAGAUCAGUUUGACCUCAUCACCACAUGAAGACAUCAUCUCAAACAGCUUUCUCAUCAGGUCAGGACCUCCUGCUGUCUACAAGCUGAGACCAAAGAAGCAGAAGAUUGGAACUCUGACAAGAAUGACUGUUGGAGAAAAACAUCCAAACAAGCCAAACAGAACCAUCUUACUGGUGGGAGAAACAGGAGCAGGAAAAUCUACUCUGAUUAACGCUCUGCUCAACUACACCAUGGGAGUGAAGUGGGAGGAUGAAGUCUGGUUUAUGAUCGUAGAGGAGGAGAGAAGAAGUCAGACAUCAGAUGUGAUCGUGUACGAGAUCUUUGGUUUUGAAGAUGAAACUCUGCCCUACUCUCUGACCAUCAUCAAUACUCCUGGAUAUGGAGACACCAGAGGGUCUGAACAUGAUGACAUCAUCAGUCAAAGAUUACUGGACUUGUUUCAGUCAGAGGAUGGCGUCCAUGAAGUUCAUGCUGUGGGUCUGGUGAUGAAGGCGAGUGUGAAUCGCCUGAGUGAGCCACUGAGGUACAUCUUUGAUUCAGUGAUGUCUCUGUUUGGAAAGAACAUGGAGAAAAACAUCGUAGCUCUGAUCACACACUCAGAUGGGAGCAGGCCUAAAAACCCUCUUCAAGUUCUUGAAGCUGCAAAUAUUAAAUGUGCCAAAAAUGAGGGCAGUCAGCCUGUUUACUUCCUGUUUAAUAACUGCCAGCUUGAAGAGCGAAUGGAGGAAAACACAAUUUUGAGAAAUUCAUGGGAACUUACACAGACAAACAUGGAUCAUUUGACAAACUUGUUGCGAAAAUCUAAUCCUCAAAAACUAAUGAAAACAGCCGAAGUGUUAAAUGAACGAAUCAGACUGAAAGCCUCCAUCCAAAACCUGGAAGACAGAAUCGAGCUGGCUGAACUGAAACAGACAGAAAUCAAACAGAUCCGAGAAGCUCUGAAGCAGACAAAUCACAGAAAUGAAAUAGAAAUUGAGAAAAUAUUGAGUCUUUUGGAAAAUCUUGAAAAGGAAAUGAAAGUGCUGACAGCAGAAAAGGAAAAGUGGCUAAGUGACUGCUACCAGCAUGCUGUCAGACUGGAGGAAAUCGCUCUGAAGGCUGAUUCAGCAUCUACUGUUGUGCACUUGGACUUCCUGAUUGAGAAGAUGAAGGAGAAAGGAGACACGGAGAAGGUCCAGAAACUGGAGGAGAUGAGGAGAGAGGAUGGAGGAACCAAAGAAGCAGUACAAGCUUAA